AUGUCAGACCCUCAGAAGUACACGGUCGGCUGGGUCUGCGCUAUUGCAACCGAGUACCUUGCUGCGCAACUCGUUCUCGACGAAGAGCACGAAGGACCUGAAUCUGUAUCCAUUAACGAUAGCAAUAACUACACGCUGGGCAAAAUCGGGAAACACUAUGUCGUCAUUGCUGUCCUUCCCCAUGGCGAAUACGGCAUAUCAUCUGCUGCCGGCGUCGCGCAUGAUAUGCUCCACAGCUUUCCCAACAUCAGAAUCAGCCUAAUGGUCGGAAUCGGCGGCGGUGCACCGAGCUCUAAGCAUGACAUUCGCCUCGGGGACGUUGUGGUCAGCGCCUCUAGCAACGGCACCGCCGCGGUGUUCCAAUACGGCUUUGGAAAGGCCGUGCAGGGUCAGGAAUUCCAGGAGACAGGAUCCUUGAAUCAGCCGCCGACAGUUCUGCGAACAGCCGUGAACGGACUCUUGACGCAGUACAGGCGCAAAGGACACCAGCUUGAUGGAUCUAUCGCCGAUAUUUUGACGAAGAAUCCGAGACUCAAGAAAGAGUUUCAACGGCCCGAGUCGAGCACCGAUCGACUAUAUCAGCCUGGGAAGGUUCACCCGCGGGGUGAUCGGUCCAGCUGCGCGACAGCCUGUGGCAGCGACCCAUCGACUUUGGUAGUGCGACCAGAUCGUACUGAAUACGAAGACAAUCCCGUCAUCCACCACGGCCCGAUCGCUUCCUCGAAUAGGUUGAUGAAGGAUGCCUUGUCUCGGGAUGCGCUUGCAGCGAAGAAGGGCGUUCUAUGCUUCGAGAUGGAAGCGGCCGGGUUGGUGAACCACUUUCCCUGUCUAGUCAUCCGAGGCAUUUGCGACUAUUCCGACUCGCACAAAAACAAAGAGUGGCAGGGCUUUGCGGCAAUGAUGGCGGCGGCGUAUGCGAGGGAUCUUCUGCGUCAGAUUCCGCCCAACAAGAUCGAGGCCGAGAGACCUAUUGGCGAAGUCCUCAACUCCAUCCAGCGAAGAUUAGACUGUGUGCUUUCGACAGCAAAUGAAACCAGGGAUGCGAUGGUCACGAUGACAUCUGACAGUCACCUCCGCAAUGUCGAGCGCUGGUUGUCCCCGCCAGACUAUUCAAUCAACGCCAAACUGGCGAGAAAACGCCGUCACGCCGGCACUGGAACCUGGCUUCUUGACAGUCCCGCCUUCCAGGAGUGGAAGCUCGGGGCACGACGACAUCUGUGGCUCUACGGCCUGGCAGGAUGUGGCAAGACUGUUCUGAGUACGACAAUUCUUGACAAUCUUCCGCAAACAGACACCCGCACCACGCUUGCAUUCUUCUUUGACUUCGGCGACCCCAGAAAGCAGAACCUAGAGAGCCUUCUACGCUCGCUGGCGUUUCAACUCUACCGUUCUGGGGGCAAAGCGGCGAACGAACUUGACAGUCUUUUCACUUACCACGAAAAUGGACAGAGGCAACCCGAUACGAGUGCCUUGUCAGCCUGUGUUGACACAAUGAUUCAAAUCACUGGAAAGGUUGCCGUCAUCCUCGAUGCUUUGGAUGAGUGUACAACGAGAGAAGAACUUCUGCCAUGGAUGCGAGGCUUUGCCUCUGGCAACGCCCAGCUUAUUGUGACUGGCCGGCCAGAAGCAGACUUCCAACGCGAGAUCCCUCGCUUUUUCGAUGAGCGCAACUGUGUCUUACUGGACAAGAGGGCUGUCAACGCCGACAUACGUUCCUACGUCAUGGCAACGCUUGAGCAGAACCUCAAUUUUGUUGACAAGAAGUUAUCUCAGGAUCUCCUAGGGAAGAUUCGCGACAAAGUCGGAGACGGAGCCGACGGCAUGUUUAGAUGGGCAGCUUGCCAAUUGGACAGUCUUGCCGAAUGUCUAAGUCCCAACGCCAUCGAGUCAGCUCUCGAGUCUUUGCCUCGUGAUCUGAAUGAGACUUACUACCGCAUGCUCCAGAACAUACCCCCGACAUAUAAGAGCGGCGCGAUUCGUCUCCUACAGUUUCUCGUCUACGCCAAGAGGCCCCUGAAGCUGUCAGAGGCUGUAGAGGUGAUAGCCACGCAGAUAGAUCGAGAGCCUCGACGCUUUCAUGUCGGGAACAGACUAUUUAGUGGGGCCGACGUUCUGCGAUACUGCCCCAGCUUGGUAUUAAUCGCUGAUGUCACAAGAUAUGGCGAGACUCUGCAGGAGCUCCACCUUGCCCAUUUCUCAGUUAAAGAGUAUCUUCUCAAGGAAGACCAAUUUGACCUGGGAAGUGCCAGCAUUGCCAUCACCAGGACCUGCUUGACUUAUCUUACGGACAUCAAGAGUAGCCACAGCAGAAUCAAGCAUGAUUUCCCAAUGGCACGGUUUGCAGCAGAGUCCUGGAUGGAUUAUGCUGUUUCGGCAGAGACUUCAGAAGAUAUUGUUAGAAGAACAGUCAGCUUUUUACAAGACAAGACGACAUUUCAGCGGUGGGGUCGAUUGUAUCAGGCCGACAUUGCAUGGAAUGAUAACCCGGGACCACCUCGAGCAUCUGGUCUAUAUUAUGCUUGUCUUGGUGGACUCGCAGGGGCUGCGAGAGACCUGAUGGGCGAGGGAGCGGAUGUCAACGCGAAGGGCGGCCUCUACGGCAACGCUCUCCAGGCUGCCUCAGACGGAGGCCACCUCGAGAUUGUACAACUGCUGCUAGACAAGGAAGCGGAUGUCAACGCGCAGGGCGGCGACUAUGGCAACGCUCUCCAGGCUGCCUCAUCUGGAGGCCACCUCAAGGUUGUGCAACUACUGCUAGACAAGGGAGCGGAUGUCAACACGCAGGGCGGCGACUACGGCAACGCUCUCCAGGCUGCCUCAUUUAGAGGCCACCUCGAGGUUGUACGGUUGCUGCUAGAUAAAGGAGCGGAUGUCAACACGCAGGGCGGCCUCUACGGCAACGCUCUCCAGGCUACGUCAUUAGAAGGCUAUCUCGAGGUUGUGCAGCUACUACUAGACAAGGGAGCAGAUGUCAACGCGCAGGGCGGCGACUACGGCAACGCUCUCCAGGCUGCCUCAUCUGGAGGCCACCUCGAGGUUGUGCAACUACUGCUAGACAAGGGAGCAGAUAUCAACGCGCAGGGCGGCAAGUAUAGCAACGCUCUCCAGGCUGCCUCAUCGAGAGGCCACCUCGAGGUUGUGCAACUACUGCUAGACAAGGGAGCAGAUAUCAACGCGCAGGGCGGCCUCUACGGCAACGCUCUCCAGGCUGCCUCAUUAGAAGGCCACCUCGAGAUUAUACAACUGCUGCUAGACAAGGAAGCGGAUAUCAACGCGCAGGGCGGCAAGUAUGGCAACGCUCUCCAGGCUGCGUCAUUAGAAGGCCAUCUCGAGGUUGUACAACUGCUGCUAGACAAGGGAGCGAAUGUCAACACGCAGGGCGGCCUCUACGGCAACGCUCUCCAGGCUGCGUCAUUAGAAGGCUAUCUCGAGGUUAUACAACUGCUGCUAGACAAGGGAGCAGAUAUCAACGCGCAGGGCGGCCUCUACGGCAACGCUCUCCAGACUGCCUCAUUUAGAGGCCACCUCGAGGUUAUACGGCUGCUGCUAGACAAGGGAGCGGAUAUCAACGCGCAGGGCGGCCAGUAUGGCAACGCUCUCCAGGCUGCGUCAUCUGGAGGCCACCUCGAGGUUAUACGGCUGCUGCUAGACAAGGGAGCGGAUAUCAACGCGCAGGGCGGCCAGUAUGGCAACGCUCUCCAGGCUGCGUCAUCUGGAGGCCACCUCGAGGUUAUACGGCUGCUGCUAGACAAGGGAGCAGAUAUCAACGCGCAGGGCGGCCUCUACGGCAACGCUCUCCAGGCUGCGUCAUUAGAAGGCUAUCUCGAGGUUGUACAACUGCUGCUAGACAAGGGAGCAGAUAUCAACGCGCAGGGCGGCCUCUACGGCAACGCUCUCCAGGCUGCCUCAUCUGGAGGCCACCUCGAGAUUGUACAACUACUGCUAGACAAGGAAGCGGAUGUCAACGCGCAGGGCGGCGACUAUGGCAACGCUCUCCAGGCUGCCUCAUCUGGAGGCCACCUCAAGGUUGUGCAACUACUGCUAGACAAGGGAGCGGAUGUCAACACGCAGGGCGGCGACUAUGGCAACGCUCUCCAGGCUGCCUCAUCGAGAGGCCACCUCGAGGUUGUGCAACUGCUGCUGGAUGAAGGAGCGGAUGUCAACGCGCAGGGCGGCCUCUACGGCAACGCUCUCCAGGCUGCCUCAUCGAGAGGCCACCUCGAGGUUGUGCAACUGCUGCUGGAUGAAGGAGCGGAUGUCAACGCGCAGGGCGGCCUCUACGGCAACGCUCUCCAGGCUGCCUCAUCUGGAAGCCACCUCGAGGUUGUGCAACUGCUGCUGGAUGAAGGAGCGGAUGUCAACGCGCAGGGCGGCUACUAUGGCAACGCUCUCCAGGCUGCCUCAUCUGGAGGCCAUCUCGAAGUUGUGCAACUGCUCAACCAAAGGAGCGCCAAUAGAACGUCCCGAAAGCGAUCCGGCUCGGCAAGCCCAAGGCACCUGGCGAAGCAGCCUAGGCUCUUGGACCCUACCAAUGUUGAUUGA